UCCGCAUCCCUGCCUCCCUGAAGCAGGCCUGCUGGGCUCCCCUCGUGGGAACUGGCAGCCGUAGGUCUGGCCUCUUUGCCCUGCCCCCAUCGGCUCAGCUGCCCCAGAGUGACCACCCCUCCGCCAGCAGCUGCCUUGGCCCGGCCCCUGAGGACAAGUCCAGAGAGGUGAUGCAGCUGGGGCCGGCCUCCCCACCUCCUCCCCAGGGGGACCAGCCCCCCGAGACUGCCACCGGCCCUGAGCCAGCCCCACCCCUCAUGCCACCACUGUCUGCCAGCAGCCCAGCCCCAUACCCACCAUAUUUUGAGGGCGCCCCCUUCCCUCAUCCCCUCUGGCUGAGGAACACUUACGGGCAGUGGGUGCCCCAGCCGCCUCCCAGGACCAUCAAGCGGGCCCGGCGGCGUCUGUCCCGGAACCGCGAGCCGGGCCGGCUCACCCUGAGCACCAUCCGCCUGCGGCCGCGCCAGGUGCUGUGUGAAAGGUGUAAGCGCACCCUGAGCCCCCCGCAGGCCACGGGGCCUCCGCCCGCCCCCCGGGCCCGCAGGCGGCUGGGCAGCGGCCCCGACGGCGAGCGCCCAGAGCCCCCGGAGUCAGAGGAGGGUGACGCCGAGGCCUCUGCCUGUGGAAGGAAAAGCAAGAGGGAACGGCGCGAGGACAGGGCCCCAUCGGCGGCGGAGCGCAGGGUCCUGGCGGAGCGCGUCCCGCGGAGCCCGGUCAUCAGGAUCUCCUACAGCACGCCCCAGGGCAAGGGCGAGGUGGUCCAGAUCCCCUCCCGCGUGCACGGCUCCCUGGAGCCCUUCCGCCCCCCGCAGGCCCCACUUGAGGGUAGCCCAGAGCCCGAGGUGCUGCGCGAGGCGGAGCCCAGAGACAGGCUGCCUGGCGGCGGGCCCUCCACCUCAGUCCCCAAGCUGAGGCUGACACGGCCCACACCUCCCAGUUCGGACCUGCCCCCUCCCAAGAUCCGCCUGAAGCCCCACCGCCUGGGGGACAGCGAGCACAAACCCGUGUACCGCGCCGAGCUGGUGCAGGAGCUGAACGGCUGCCGGAAGGGUCCUGUCCCAGGGCUAGCGGACUCAUCCUCUGGGAGUUCUGGCGAGGAGGAGGACUUCGAGAGGUGUCCCCAAGGCCAACAGACGCAAGGCAGCUUGGCCUUCCUUGUGGACUGCCCUAAGGGGCGAGCGGGCUGCGCCAGUGAGUCCUUGUGCAGCAGUGACAGCCUGGACGAGUCCAAAUCAUCCAGCUCAGAGGUGACCUCGCCGGACUCGGGUGACCUCUCCCCCAGCAGUGGGGCAUCUGUGCCUUCCUCCUCCAGAGAGGCUGGUCCCACGGUGCCACCCCUAACUGUGCGGCUGCACACGCAGAGCGUCUCCCAGUGCGUCACCGAGGACGGGAGGACCUUGGCCGUGGGGGACAUCGUGUGGGGUAAGAUUCGUGGUUUUCCCUGGUGGCCAGCACGUGUCCUUGACAUCAGCCUUGGCCAGAAGGAGGAUGGAGAGCCCUCAUGGCAAGAAGCUAAAGUCUCGUGGUUUGGGUCUCCAACUACGUCAUUCUUGUCUAUUUCAAAACUGUCCCCUUUCUCUGAAUUUUUCAAACUGAGGUUUAACCGUAAGAAGAAGGGCAUGUAUCGGAAAGCCAUCACCGAGGCUGCGAAUGCUGCACGACACGUGGCCCCGGAAAUAAGGGAGCUCUUGACCCAGUUUGAGACGUAGCCUUGGUCCCCUGAGCAGGUCUCCAAUGAUGAGGGCAUGGCUGUCCUGGAGUUUCUGACGUCCAUCCGAAGGAACCCAUGCCUUCUGCCUAGCUGAGUACAGAAACCCACUGGACACGGUCAGCUGGCGUGAGACCACCAGAGAGGAGCAGGUGCUAGGGAGGACCCCAGAGCACACCACAGCCUCUUGGCGGAAUGUGUUUAUUCCAGUGACAUAGGCUCUAGCUUUGGGAAGUGGCCAAACUCAGUGGCAUGCUUGCUGUGCUGCCUCAUUGCUGGGGCACAGGCGGCCCCAGGCUGGGUAGCCAUGGGAGGAACAGGGCCCGCUGCCUGGCCUCCUCCGGCUGCUGGUGCAGUGGCCGUGCCCAGCCCUGGAGAGUCAUCGCCUGGGGCCCCCACAAGCUUCACAAAAACCAAAUUACGUGUUAGGGUUCUCUUCCCCAGCCCAGGCUCGGGGUCCCUGUGCACUUGAGAGUGCCUGCCCACCAUUCCCCUCCACACUCACCCCGGGUGCCCAGCACUGGCCUGCAGGGCCACCUUGUCCCCAAGAUGCUGCUACAAAUGACCAGGCAUGUGUAGAGGGUGUGGGGCUGUGGUCUGAAAAUAGGCUUGAACAUUAAAGGGAAAACAA